AUGAGCCAAUCAAGAAAGAAGAUAUCUGACACGAAUAAAAGUAGCUAUCCUCGCCAUUGUGACGUGUGCCCGAGUCGUGGUCAUCCAUUUUACGACGCUUCCGAAUUUGUCCAUCAUCUACGCAACACUCAUUUGACUCGAGAAGGCGGAUCUUUUGUUUGCCGUUACGGUCCAAACGGAGUGUGCCCGUCGUUGCCGUUAGAAGGCGUGAAUGAUAUCGAUUAUGAAGCGCAUUUACGAAGAUUCCAUACAACGACUGCUCCUCAACCAAAAGCCCGACCAUCGAACGACGAGAAGGCGUUCACAAUGGCAAGGCACGAGUUUUUCGAGAGUAACCACAAUAAUUAUAAG